AUGGCGAAAAUCUUAUCGACAUUCAAAGCGAUUUUGACGCGUAUGUUCUUCGGCGCACACAGCAUCCUAGCUAUUUGGCAAGUGACCGUCAAUACGAGAAACUACAUCUAUUGGUCACUAUGUGCACCGCUGGUGUUGCUUCUGCUCGAAGGCAUCUUCACGCUGAUGAUCAAGAAGACGCAAGAAUGGCGGUGGUUUUGCCCUUCGGUAUUUUUAUAUCUAAGCAGCAUUGUUCCGGCUAUUUGGUUGUUAGAAUUAGAUCAAGUGGCGCGUAAGCUCAACAAUACAAAUGGCAACAAUAAUAGCAGCAAUGAAAACAUUUUACAAGAGGUUGCUGAGAAUUUAGAUUUGCCUGCAUUUAACAUAGAACCGGAUACAUGGAUAACAUUGAUCGAGCAAUUUUUGAUGCUAAUUCUAAUUGUGGGCCGUUGGAUGUUGCCAAAAGGCGAUUUGACACGCGAUCAGCUAAGUCAGCUGCUGCUCGUUUAUAUAGGCACCGCUGCGGACAUCAUGGAGUUUUUCGAAUCCUACAAAGAUGUCAACAUUAUAAAAAUACCUCUCUUGGUAUUUCUCACCUUGGGCAUUUGGUCCUGGAGUUUGAUGCAAUUCACUAUUGUUUUAUCGGCGACUAGAGCGCGUCGACCGCGAGGCGGUGGUCUAAAUCGAAGUGACGAAACCACCGAUUGCUGUGAUGGCUGUUGUUGUGGCAUCGAUAUCUGGGCCAUUGUGCUCAAUGUGAUAUUGCAGGAUGCGCCAUUCCUAACGCUGCGCAUGCUUAUAAUUUUUCAAUAUAAGAUUCUUAAUUAUAUGAGCGUGUUUUUUACAUGUAAAAACACCUUGGUAAUUGUGCUGCAGCUCUAUCGUCUGUAUGUAGUAAAUGCCGAGUUCUGGAAGAAUCGUCGCGAACAAAAGUCCGGAGGCGACAAGUCACAACAUUAUAAGUCGCGUCGCCGCGCCCAAGAUGCUGAUGCUAACAGCAUUUACAUGAUAUCCACUGAGCGUGGUACUGAUGUCAAGCGAAAGAUACAAAAAGCGCGCGAUUAUGCCGAAGAUGAGUUCAUUACGCGAAAAAAGAACAAAAAGGAUAAAUCGAAGAAACAUAAGCGCAAGGAUACCGGCUACUCUACAGCUAGUUCGCAGAAUCUCUACUCUACAAAAUUAGUGGACGAACGCAACAAUCGUCAAAAGGAUAAGAAGGCUGGCAAAAAGUCGAAGAAACGCGAUCGCAGCAAUUCAUCCAUUGAGAGUGACAUUGUUGAAGCGAAGAAGUCAAAACGUGGCGCCACAGCUGGGAGCAGCGGCGGCGGUGGCGGCGGCGGUAAAAAAUCGGAUAAGAAGAACAAGAAAAAAAAACCGACAAAAAUUGAACCCGUCUUGGAGGAGACAAGCAGCUCCAGUUCGUCUACAACAACGAGCAGUUCAUCGGAUUCCAGUAAUUCGACAUUGCCCACUUAUGAGGUGAUCUCGGAGCGUAAAUUGAAACGUCUCAAACGAUCACACAGCUCUUCGGAGAGCACAUCAACAGAUUCGUCGGAUACAACGACUUCGUCAUCCUCGACGUCGUCAUCGUCAUCAUCUUCAUCGUAA